UGCACAUCAGCCAGGGGCUAUGCUGCUGCGGUCGCUGCGUAGUUGGGCUGCCCGGUCGCUGCGUAGCGUGGGCCCGGGGAGCUCCGGGAGCCCCGGGAGCCUCGAUUCCGGCGCCGGGCCGCUGUGGGCACCUCGCCGCGCCUGGCCUCCGGAUAAAGAUAGAGAAAAUGAUAAGGAGAAAAAAGCAGUGGUUUGUAUUGAGGGCAAUAUUGCAAGUGGGAAGACGACAUGCCUGGAGUUCUUCUCCAAUACAACAGACGUCGAGGUGUUAAUGGAGCCUGUGCUCAAGUGGAGAAAUGUCCAUGGCCAUAACCCUCUGAGCCUCAUGUACCAUGAUGCCAGCCGAUGGGGCCUCACACUGCAGACGUACGUGCAGCUCACCAUGCUGGACCAGCACACGCGCCCUCAGAUGUCACCUGUACGGUUGAUGGAAAGGUCAAUUUACAGCGCAAGAUACAUUUUUGUAGAAAACCUGUAUAGAAGUGGGAAGAUGCCCGAGGUUGACUAUGCGAUUCUGUCUGAGUGGUUUGACUGGAUCGUCAGGAACAUUGAUGUCUCUGUUGAUCUGAUAGUUUAUCUGCGAACCACUCCCGAAAUCUGCUACCAGAGAUUAAAGAUGAGGUGCCGGGAAGAGGAGAAAGUCAUUCCGAUGGAAUACCUCCAUGCUAUUCACCGCCUCUAUGAGGAGUGGCUGGUCAACGGGAGCCUCUUCCCAGCUGCAGCCCCUGUUCUGGUGAUUGAGGCUGACCACAACUUGGAGAAAAUGUUAGAACUCUUUGAACAAAACCGGGCCCGGAUAUUAACUCCAGAGAACUGGAAGCAUGGACCCUAGGACUGAGUGAUCUACAAGACAGCACCAGUAACAACCCAGCCAGGGCCAGGUUAGCUGCUAGGAGCAUUUGGAAGAAUCUACUCUUAGGAGGGUCUGUUAUCUAAUCAGAUCUAUUUUCUCAAUGGUCUUUUCACUGCAGUACAGAUGCUUGCAGCACACAUCCCUCCUGGUGCCCCUCCUGGUGGCUUCCUAACGCUGAAGCCCUGUGUUAAAAUCACUGACUGUAUCCCUGGGGUUGUUCUGGGUCCUCUGCAUCAGGUCACCUCAUGGGUGAGGGAGCAUUCUUCCAUCCCAGGCAAGGAUUUGAAGCCCAGAGAGGUGCGGGGACUCGUCAAGCCAGAUCAUUGUGGAGCUGGGACCAUUCAGAUACCUGGUUUGGGCUGCCUCCUCCUAAGCUGUUCCCCACAGCUCUGCUGCUCUGAGCAUCAGCCCCCGCCUCUGUGAGAAGAGCGGACAGUUUGUGAAUUCCAUCAUCUUUCAGUACCGGGCCAGUUCAAGGAGACCAGACAUGACUAGUUGUUGGCACGCCUCUCUUAUUUGGCAUGAGCCCAGGAUGUCCUGGUAUGAAGGUACUGUGACCUCUAUCCAUUCCUUUGUCACCUGGACCUUGGUGUCCACUGGGGAAUCCUGGAGUGUCCUUUCUUGGUGCCAGAAUCCUUGAUGAUGAGGUCCUUCCCAGACUCUGCCAGUUUCGUGUCAUUUUGUGUCAGAAAAAAGGGGGUUAUGGGACCUGGACACUUUACCCUUUGCUGAGCGAGGCCAAGGGCAGCCAGCUGAGCUUCCAAGACCCCAUCACUCUCUCCUGUCCUUGUGUGAGGAGCAGUGUCCCCUUGCUCCAGAGAGAGUGACAGUGGCCUUAACUCCUUUGAAGUGUUUUUCCAUCUGAGCAGAUGUCAUGGACCUCAGAGCAUGAAGAAGUCAUCUCUAUUGGAUCAGAAAAUACCUUAGCUUUGCUUAGCCAUAACUGUGCACUGAAGUUGCAGCUGUUACUUGAACCAUUGUGACCAAGAAAGGCCGACCAUUCCUUGGGACAGUGAGAGUGGAAAGUCAUGGUUUGCCAACAAAGACAUUUAAAGCCUUGCUGCUCUUGACAUUCUGGAGUGGAUGGAGUGCAUCUGGAAAAGACUGGACACAGAUGGUACAGGGGAACGAUGGCUGUAGACCCUGGAGAAGCACAGCACGGGCUGGGGAGGGGGCUGCAGGGAAGCCCUGCUCCCCUGUUUAGCUGCCUGGGAGCUAGAAAGAGGGCCAAGAGUCCAGCUCUUGGUCCUUUCUGUUUGGACCAAUUCUUGGACCCUUUUGGUAGUAUGAAGAGUAGCAUCCAGGGAGAUUGUCCAUCUGCACCUGCAGUCCAUCAAUGGAUAAACCUGAGAAAGGCAGGAACUUUGAACCAGCAGUCCUGAUGGGGGCGUCUUUAGUUAGAAUUUGCAACUGAACAGUCUAGUACUUGCCCUUUGCUCUACCAGAACACUUGUUUUGGGGAGAAAUGUGAUGUUUCUCUUUCUCUCUGUUAGCCAAUAAAAUUCUACAGCUAAGCCCUGA